UACACAGAUAUAUGGAAAUGGCUGCUCGAACAUCUACGCCCUUCUUCUGGUUUGGCUACUUGUGUGUCGUCCUGUUUGUGUCUGCAGACCAGAAAAACAUACCAGCUAAGUCUGGACAGGACGUCACUCUGACAUGUCGAGCUCCAAACAACAACAAACCUAUCAUAAUUGCAGAGUGGAGCAGAGCUGACUUGGACACAGAGUAUGUCCUUUUGUAUCGGGGUGAGCAAUUUGUUCCAGACAACCAGCAUCCAUCUUUUAAGAACCGGGUGGAUCUGCAGGACAGACAGAUGAAGGAUGGAGACGUGUCUUUGAUUCUGAAGAAUGUGACGACUGCUGACAGUGGGAUGUACAAGUGUCGUGCAUUUUUGAGUCAAACACGAUCGUGGGAAUCCAUCAACAACAUCUACCUGAGUGUUGAUCCUCCAGGUGAGUGA